AUGGGUGGGGUAUUACAGGAAGCAUCGGGGAUGCUUGACUUGGGGGUCGGGAUGAACUUGAUGCCAUAUUCUAUUUUUAAACAACUAGAGUUAGGCGAUUUAAAACCCACUCGAAUGUGCUUGCAAUUAGCAGAUAGAUCAGUGAGGUAUCCUCAUGGGGUAAUUGAGGAUAUCCUUGUUAGAGUGGGUGGAUUGAUUGUGCAUGUGGACUUUGUUGUGUUAGAGAUAGGAGAAGUGCAUGAGAAUGGCAAGGAAUAUACGUUAUUGCUAGGAAGACCAUUCAUGGCCAUGACUAACACAUUGAUUGAUGUUAAAAAUGGAACAAUAAAAAUGACCGUGUUAGGAGAGUCCGUGUCCUUUUUCGUGCACCAUGGUCGUGCUAUGCCAUCAUCUACUUUUACUAAUGAAUGUUCUUACAUAGAUGCUAUUGAUGGCUUGGCUAAGAUGGUUUUUAUGCAGGAGCAAGAGAUGGUUGAGGUUUUUGCUGGAUCGGCGGACAUGGAGGAGUUUGCUCGGGAAGCCGAGGAAAGUGAGAGAGAACGAAGGGACAAACUUCCCAUUGAUGAGCCCGUGGUUCCCGAAGAUGCCACGAAGAGUAAGAAGCCGAAGUUGGAGCUCAAGGAGCUCCCUAAAAACCUCAAGUAUGUGUAUUUAGAGGAGGGUGAGGAGAAGCCCGUGAUCACUUCCGCCGAGCUCACGCAUGGGCAAGAAAUGGCGUUGAUGGAGGUAUUGAAGAGAAACAAGGAGGCUUUUGGAUGGGGGCUUGCUGACAUUCGUGGCAUUAGCCCCGCCACAUGCAUGCAUAGGAUACACCUCGAGACGGGAGCAAGGCCUAAGCGAGACGGCCAACAGAGAUUGAACCCCAUUCUCAUGGAGGUGGUGCGCAAAGAAAUUCUUAAGCUAUUGGCGGAGGGGAUCAUUUACCCCAUUGCCGAUAGUGAGUGGGUGAGCCCGGUGCAUGUAGUGCCCAAGAAAGGAGGGAUCACGGUUAUUCUUAAUGACAAUAAGGAGUUGGUGCCAACUCGUCCCGUCACGGGUUACUAUCAAAUUGCCAUUGCUCCCGAGGACCAAGAUAAGACGGCCUUCACCACCCCUUUUGGAACCUUUGCAUGGAAGAGAAUGCCUUUUGGAUUGUGCAAUGCAUCCGGGACCUUCCAACGGUGCAUGAUGUCGAUCUUCACAGAAAUGAUAGGUGAAUUUGUGGAAAUUUUUAUGGAUGACUUUUCUGUGCUUGGUAGCUCCUUUACUGAUUGCUUGGCUAAAACUGAUUUGGUGCUACAACGAUGCAUUGAAAGUGGUUUGACUUUGAGUUGGGAGAAGAGUCAUUUCAUGGUGACUAGUGGCAUCGUGCUUGGCAAUGUGGUAUCGAAAAAUGGUAUAGAGGUCGAUAGGGCUAAGGUUGAGGUUAUUGAAAAAUUGCCUCCACCCAUUGAUGUGAAGGGAAUUAGAAGCUUCCUAGUGCACAAGUGUUACACCACCACUAAAAAAGAGUUGUUUGCUGUGGUUUUUGCUUUAGAUAAGUUUCGUGCUUACAUCAUUGGUUCUAAUGUUAUUGUCCAUAGUGAUCAUGCAGCUUUGAGGUAUUUGUUGACCAAGUCCCAAGCCAAACCACGUCUUAUCCGUUGGAUUUUGUUGUUGCAAGAAUUUGAUCUUGAAAUUAAGGUUAGGAAGGGGAGUGAGAACUCCGUGACCGAUCAUUUGUCUAGACUUGAGCAUAAUGUGGUUGAGUUGGGUCACGAAGUCAUUCAUGAGUCCUUUCCUUUUGAGCAUGCAUAUGAACUUGCCUCUGUGCCUUGGUUCGCCGACAUUGUUAAUUAUCUUGCUUGUGGGGAGUUAAAACCCAAUCUAACAUCCCAAGAGAGGAAAAGGUUUUUGGCUACUUGUAGGCAAUACUAUUGGGAAGACCCUUACCUCUUCAAGUUGGGUAAGGACGAGGUGAUUAGGAGAUGCAUUCCUGAUGUGGAGCAACAACAAGUAUUGAAGUUUUGCCAUGAUGCCCCUUGUGGUGGGCAUUCUGGUGGACAAAAGACGGCUCACAAGGUCCUCCAAUCCAGUUUGUUUUGGCCAAGUCUUUUCAAAGAUGCUCAUAAUUUUUAUCUCGCUUGUGAUCGGUGUCAAAGGGUUGAGAAUAUUGGGCGCAAGAAUGAAAUGCCCCUCACUAGCAUCCUUAUUGUUGAGAUAUUUGAUGUGUGGGGCAUAGAUUUCAUGAGCCCAUUUCCUAUGUCCUAUGGUUUUGAGUACAUCUUGCUUGCCGUAGAUUAUGUGUCCAAGUUUGGAUUUCCCAAGGCUAUCAUUAGUGACAGAGGAAACCACGUUUGCAACAUGCUUUUUGAUAAGCUUAUGAGAAAAAAUGGCAUCGCACACAAGGUUGUCACGCCUUAUCAUCCAUAG